ACAGCCUACAAAAAGCAACUCUCAUCGACAAACCAGGCCAUCUCUCUCUCUCUACCAACCCUCUACGGGCUUGUCUUUUUCAUUGCACUUCUUGACUUCUAUCACCUUAUCUUUUGAGUUCCAUCUGGUUGUGUCUUUCUUUCAUCGCGUUAUUCACCCUGGAUUCUAACACUGCCCCUGCUACUGGUGCUAUCACUGCAUCGACAUCGAUGAACGAACCUGACGAACCACCUAUACACCGUCUCGGUAUCAGGGAUCGAAUACACUCUUAUGCCAACCACCUACUCCCUCACGGCAGCACGUCGCGUCGUGAUACUUCCAUUCUUCCGAUAACCAACCAACAACCCAAGAAUCAAGAUGGCCCUCACUCGUCUACUGGUCCAAUUGGACCUGGAGCUCCCACCAAAGCACAACCACCCCAACAUGUCACCUACGAUCCUUCCGCGACUAAAGGAAUCCCUGUGGAUACCCACGAUGGAGAGAAGACUUCCGCCCUAGAUUCUGAUGAGCCCAGGCCUGGCUUUUUUAGCAGAGCCUUUACCUCCGUCAAGCUUAUUAUACUAUCAAGCUGGGUCAACUGGCUGCUCCUCUUCGUUCCCGUGGGUAUCGCCCUCGGUGGAGUGCAACGUUCGAUGGGAAACGAUGGUCCCAUCUCACCAACCGUUGUAUUCUCUAUCAAUGCCGUUGCCAUUAUCCCCUUGGCGUGGAUGCUCGGAUACGCGACCGAAUGUGUCGCUACGGAUAUGGGCGAUACCAUUGGUGCUCUACUGAACGUCACCUUUGGAAAUGCUGUGGAACUCAUCAUCUUCAUCAUCGCCCUGGUGGCCGAUGAAAUCGCCAUUGUGCAGGCUUCUCUGCUCGGCUCAAUCCUUGCAAACUUGCUGCUCAUCCUCGGCAUGUGUUUUCUUUUCGGUGGUCUACGCUUCCGUGAACAGUUGUACAACUCUGCCAUUACUCAAAUGAGCGCGUGCCUUUUGAGUUUGAGUGUGAUUAGUUUGCUUCUACCUACCGCUUUUCAUGCAUCUUUCAGCACUCUGUCGAACGCAGAUGCGGCUGUCCUCAAGGUUAGCCGAGGUACUAGUGUGGUCCUCCUUCUGGUCUACAUCUUGUACCUCCUCUUUCAGCUGAAAUCCCAUUCCUACAUUUACGAAAGUACCCCCCAACAUGUCAUUGACGAAGAAUCCCAUCCUGGCGUACUUGCAGACAUCCUCAAUUCGUCUUCGAGCUCAGAGUCAUCCAGCGACGAUGACAGUGAUGCCAGCUCGGGUUCUCACACGACUGUCAAGAGGAUUAGACGAGCUCUUCGCAAGAAGCGUAGACGCAAGUCUAGCUCUGCAUCUAAGGAUACUACAUCGGUCCCGUCUCUUCCGUCGUUCGUGCGUACUGCGUCUUCUGGCUCUCAGGUGAUCGACGACACUUCGACACAUACUUCCGGACACAAAGUCAGUGCCAAAAGCAACGGUCAGGAGUCUGUUACACCAGAGCGGCCCCCGUUGAGUACAGAAUCUUCUAGUGAGGUGAUGACUCGUGACUUUACUGUCGAUACAGAGAAUCGUACGGCAGAAAAGAAGCGAAAGCCACGAUAUACCCGGUCGAAGGACCCGAUGCGCCGAACGUCUGAAGAGGAGGGUAUCAUCGAAGAGGACAUCAUAUCGCAGUCAACGCCUGCUCCGGGAGAUAGCGGGGAGGGUGCGUCCCAGAAACGACCAUUCAACAUACGCAACAUUUCAUACAAACCAGCCCUACCACGUGUUUUGACACCAAAUGUGUUUACCUUGUCACAGGCACAGCCCGACUCUCAACUGGGCGCUCCAGCCCCUGGGGCUGGCGGCAACAAAAGUCUUCGUCGGACCAAUUCUUUGCCCGAUCGUCUUAACAGGCCAGCGUCGGGACCAGCGGUAUUGGCUGUAGCUACCGCGAUUCCGUCCGCUCAACCUCUACCGCAUCUUGUGUCUAAGAAGAGGGUUGAGAUCAAGGAUGAUCCUGCAGAGAAGCCCAAGUUGGACCGGAUCACAGCUAUCGUUCUCUUGCUUAUCACCACUGCCCUUGUGGCCGUCUGCGCUGAAUUCCUUGUUGAUUCUAUUGACUAUUUAGUCAGCACUACUGGGGUCAGCGAGGCAUUCAUUGGGUUGAUUAUUCUUCCGAUUGUCGGUAAUGCUGCCGAGCACGUCACUGCAGUUACAGUAGCAAGCAAGAACAAGAUGGAUCUCGCUAUUGGUGUUGCUCUAGGUAGUAGCAUUCAAAUCGCAUUGUUUGUCACGCCGGUUAUUGUCCUUCUCGGCUGGAUCUUGAACACUGAGAUGUCGCUUUAUUUUAGCCUGUUUGAGACGGUUUCUCUGUUUGCUUCUGCUUUUAUUGUCAACUAUCUCAUGCUGGAUGGUCGCAGUAACUAUCUUGAGGGAGCGUUGCUCAUAGCAGCGUAUGUCAUUAUCGCUGUAUCGGCAUAUUUCUACCCUGCAUGCGAAAAUACUAGUACUGUGAAUGGUGGGACAAUGACUGGGCAGUGUUGAUCUCAUAUUCCAUUUGAGACUUCAGACAUGGUGAGACUGGUCUGGAUUCUAUCUGAAUGAAUCGAUUCUAUCAAUUGAUUUUAGGGGUUUGCAAUCAGAAUGACACAAUUUGUUUUCAGACUCAAUGGAUUAGUUUAGUAUGCUAUCUCGGUAGUGCGCUCAAUUGGAGCUGAAACUAUGCUAUUAU